AUGACACCGCACAGCGAGGACACGGGGCCGCUACUGGGCGCCGAUGCCGAGCACGAAGGUGUGCGUACACGCAUCCCAGCCUGGCGCCGCGUGCGAUUCAGAUAUUGGGAUGGCCACAAGUUGCCACGCCUGGACAACUAUGUCGCGCUUGAGCGCCUCGCAACAUGUCUCACCGCGGGCACCUGUACGGACAGCGAGCGCAAGAUCAUUCUGCUCGCCAGCUUUCACUUUGGGCACUCGGAGCUCGGAUGGAACGGCGGCGAGCAGGUAUGGGCGCGCUCGAUGCUAAGCGCGUUCCGUGAGCUCAACCACACAGUGCUGUUCUCCUGGGGACACAUGGACACGCUACUCAACUAUCAGGCGCUACCCGAGCUCGUUACGCACGUCCUGUGGGAGCGCAAAGAGUUCCUCGUCUGCCAGGAGCGCAACGACACGAACUACCGUGAAAUGGACAAGGAAGACUUUGCGACCAAACCUUGGCAUGACUGGCAGACGGGCCCCAAGCGCUGCAUGCAGGCCGAUGACUACCCGCAAGGCAUCCCAUACUGGAAGAGCUUCCACUUCUGGUUCUUCGUUGAGACGGACCAUCCGCUUGGUGGUCACUGGAUUCUUUCGCCCGAAGACUACGACCUGUGGUAUGGCAAGAAGCCAAACCACACAUACCUGGGAUAUUCUAUCGAGCACCGCUGUAAUCAGUUUCCCACUUUCGAUCACCGCGAGCAUCGUGGCCUAAUCCUCGCCAAAACGUUAAACUACUUUGAGCAGAAAAUCAACGGCUUCUACAACAUCAUAGGCAAGGCUCGCGACGGAGUCCAGCCCAUCUCUGAGAACGGGAAGGAAGUCAAGUUUGAGCUUGUCACGACUGUUGGCGAGAAAGGCACUCACAUUGAGGACCCCGAUAUUGAGUCGCUCGGCCGCAUGGACCAGAAGGCGUGGACCGAGGUCCUGGCGCGUAGCAAGCUGCUGCUCGGCAUUGGGCGCCCAAUUGUAUCUCCAUCACCAUAUUACGCACUGUGCAUGGGCGUGCCAUUCAUUCAACCGGUUGGGUGGUGGAACAAGCACAGACCCGACGACCGCAGCGCCUGGCAGACGCAGCAGAUGGGCAUGCGCAUGUUGGAGGAGCCGUACGUGUACCAUGUCAAGGCGGGGGACGAGGAGGGCCUGCGAGCGGCCAUGCAGCGCGCUGUCGACAACCCCAUCCCGCGCUACAUCCCGCCACACAUGACAUGGGACGCGUUUAUGGGACGCGUGCGCUCUUUCCUUGCGCGCGACUGGCAGGCAGAGGCCAAGCAGCACAUCGUGCAGACAUACGCGGACGCGCCCAAGUGGCAGUACCUCGCCAUGGACUCGCCAUACAAGGGUACAUCGAUGACUUUGACAUUCCCACCAGAUCGCAUGUGGCUCAUGGUCUUGGUCCCUAGACGAGGUAGUGCCCACAACAACAUUUCAUCUCUCCAGUCGAUCGGAGGCGAGCGGAAGGGAAAGGCGGAAGCCGGCUGA